AUGGAAAAGCUAAGAUUUGAGGAAACACCUACCAGUCCUAAGGAUAUAAGACCUGGAAAUUAUAUAAAGGUUGACGUUAAUGGCCAGCUGAGGUCUGCACAGGUCAUUGACACAUCUUCUGUGAAAAAUGGAAAGCAUGGAGCAGCCAAGACAACUAUUUCAUCAAAGAUUCUCUGCACUGGGUCAAACCAUAAAGGGAUAUACACUGGAAACGAUUCCAUUAUUGUGUGUAGGCCCGAAAAGGUCCAGCUGAAGCUUAUUGAUAUUAGCGGGACUAGUAUAACGUUUUCGGACAGUAAUGGAUCAUUUGAUUCCAUUGAUGUUGCAGGGAAGAUGAGUCCUGAGGAUAUCAGCAAGAUUGUCCAAACUGUUGAGGGAUCUAGUAAUGAGAGUUUUGAUCUUUCCUUAAGGGUACUACCUGACUUUUAUAAACUCGAAUCCAUUAGGUAA